GCCUCUCUCUGAUCAUAUGCUUGUGCGACUUGUCAAGUUUAACUGUAGUCUGCUCUUUAUUGAACCACGGAAUUCAUUGCCGAAAAACGCACCACAACUGUUUGAAUACAAAGCAAAGCACAGCAAAGCACAAAUGACUAAAAUGCGCAUCCUGCAUAGGUUAUGCUACAACAGGGAUGGGGCAGACGAAGAGGAGGGAGUGGUUGAGCAUCGAUCAGAGAGAGAGCGGCAGAACAUGCAGCUCCACUCUGCGUGUUCAGCCCUCCAGACUCUCCUCCCCUCCUCCUCCUGCGUCUUUCUGCCAGCUGAUGCUUACUACUGGAUGUGAAGCUGUGUUUCUCCUGGUUUCAUCCUGGUAAAUUUGGCUCGGAUCGACCACUGUUUUUUUUUGUGUUUUGUUAAGAGGCAUUUUGAAUUCCGACUUCUGAUGACAGCGCAGGUGACCAGUUCGUUAAAUAAAGACAAACCCUGACUGAGACAGCGGACAGACCCACCAGAGUGCACAGUAACACGGAGAAGGAAGCACCAACUUCUCGGGAUUGUGUCUGCUGCGUGGAGCUCAGAUUAUAUCAGCACCGGAGAGUCCUCUUCAUUUCAUUCAGAGAUGGAUUACGCAGCAGAGACUUUUCUGGCUCACCUGGAGUUCUUCAAUGACUCCCUUUUCCACAACAACUUCAGCGGUGGCUACAACGAGACAGACGCCCUGCUGCCAACAGGGGUGAAGGUGACCAUCGUGGUGGUCUAUAUGAUUGUCUGCGUCAUUGGCCUCGUGGGGAAUUUCCUAGUUAUGUAUGUCAUCAUUCGAUACACAAAGAUGAAAACCGCCACUAACAUCUACAUCUUUAACCUUGCUCUGGCUGACUCUUUGUUCCUGGCUACUCUACCUUUCCAGGGCACUGACGUUUUCCUGGGCUUUUGGCCUUUUGGUAAUGCUCUCUGCAAGACUGUGGUGUCUAUCGACUACUACAACAUGUUCACCAGCACUUUCACUCUGACGGUGAUGAGUAUGGAUAGAUAUGUGGCCGUCUGCCACCCUGUCAAAGCACUGGAUAUGAGGACGCCACACAAGGCCAAGGUGGUGAAUAUCUGCGUGUGGGUGUUGGCCUCUGCCUUUGGUGUCCCAGCAAUGGUUAUGGGAAAUGUUGAGGUGGAACAUAACAGUGUUGAGUGCAUUGUGGUUAUUCCUGAACCAAAGGAGCACUGGGAACCUGUUUUUGGCACCUGUGUCUUCCUCUUCUCCUUCCUUAUCCCUGUGGCCAUCAUCAGCAUCUGUUACAGUCUGAUGGUAAAACGCCUCCGAAAUGUUCGUAUCCUGUCUGGCUCCAAGGAAAAAGAUCGCAAUCUGCGGCGUAUCACCAGGAUGGUCCUGGUGGUGGUGGCAGCAUUUGUCGUUUGUUGGACGCCCAUCCAGAUCAUGGUCCUGGCUCAGUCUCUGGGCUUCAAUCUGAGCAGCUUGUAUGCGCUGGUGAUGAUGCAUUUCUUCAUUGCACUGGGCUAUGUAAACAGCAGUUUGAAUCCUGUACUCUACGCCUUCCUAGAUGAAAACUUCAAGCGGUGCUUCCGUGAGUUCUGCCAGCCAUCUCCUUUUCGCCUUGAUACCCAGCAGUCAGGCAGAAUGAGGAGUAUUGCCAGGGAGGUGGCAGCGGCUUACAGCUACAAGGCUGGAGAUGCUGGCGGGCUUGGGGCAGGGACGCCUAAUCCAGCAUGACUAGGCGUGGAGCUCCCUUUGGUGGGGGUUGAUCCCACACAGAGGGGAGAGAUCCAUGGGACAGGGAAUUCCAAUACAGAGCUAACUCAGAUCACAGCUCUCUAGCGGCACGAGCCCUCCCGCCCCCCAACUCGCAGACUGGCAUGGGGCGGGGGGGAAGGAGAUGAAGAAGAUGGGUUUGAAAGGAAAAGAAUUUAACAGAGAUGUUACAAACAACAUCUAUAGGUUCAGAAAAUCUACAGUAAACAUAUUAACUGCUUUAAUAGGAUGGCUGGUGGAUUUGUUUUGGUUUGAGGUGCCUGAUCAAACGGAGUUUAGAUAUUGCCAGGACUGAGCAAAGUAAUGCAUGGUGGUGUAUUUAAAACAAACCUCAAGAAGCCCUGCUUCAGGAAUCAACUUUGAUCACAAAACCAGUGUAAGUGUCUUAUGAUGUUGGUUUCAGCUCCAAAACCAGUCUAAUGGGCACACACCAGUGUUGCUAAAGGCUGCUCCUCCACAUAACUGCCGAACAUUAUACUUGGCUAUAAACUCACAUUUUGAGUAAGUGUUUGAACAGCAGCAUUGGUAGCAGCUAUGGACACCAAAUCUGUGAAACCAUCCAAUUACUACCUUGGUGAUUGAAGAUUGAUGUACAGGUUUUGACUUUUUAGUAGUGAGAAUCACAAACCGAAGGCUGGCAAAGUCUGGACAAAAUGUGAAAUGUAGUAUUUAUCACUACUGUGUGCUACAUCUUUCCAAGUUCAUAUUUGGUCUGAAGUACUUUCCAUGAUUAGCGUUGGAUGAAAGGCCUAGACUGCUAUACUGCUAUAAUGCCAUUUCCAUUAAGGUCUUAUUAAAAGAUGUUUACCUUUUGAUAGAGCUCCUAUCACACAAAGUUAUGAAAUUUGUGUAGACAAGAGCUGAAAUUAAAAUGUCUGUACCAUAAAUUGGGUAAAUAGAACAAGUCUUGAACUAUAAUUCUCAAACUGUUUUAAUGAAUCCUAUAGAUUAGGUCACAUGAAUGCUAUUACCCUUAUAAGUCACAUUUUUCAAGUUAUUUAAAAAAACAAAAGCCUAGGAGAUCUUGUUUCCCCAAGCUUGAGAUUUUCCUUGAUUUCAGCUAAUUUUUUGUGACCACAGCAGGAAACAAAGUGCGUUAGGUGGAAAUGGGGUGACCAGGUGUUCAUCUUUGUUUGGGCCUGUAUAGUAUUUGUAUAACUUAAGUUUUUAUGGUUUACCUCGUAAAUUGCAUCCGAUAUGUAAACAAUCCCAAAUAAAGCUCAAUUUCAGCCAGAAAUAUGAAGCUAAAACAUGAGAAAUUACUUUAGUGCUGUGAUUUUGAAAGGUUGCAAUUAAACAUAAUGCAUUCUAUAAGUAUUUUCAAUGUUAAAGGGGUAAGUUGUUAAUAUUUAGCAUGUAUUUACACACAACAUUGCAAACAAUUUCCAUACUCAUAAACAUAUACAUUAUUCCAUGAAGACUGGUUUGGACCUGGUCACCCAUAGUUGGAAAAUGAUCACGUAAAAGCUCAGCAAAAACUGAACUACAGAUUUAGGGUUGGAUCAAGUAUAUAAACAGUAUUUAUCUUGUUUUCCUUUAGGACUCAGAAUGACUGAAUGUCUGUUCAGGCAGUUUGUGCUGAGUUAACUCUCAAAGGGUUCUGAUUUCUUCUGGGAGGGGGGAUUAUAUUUACAAAAAUAGGUGUUAUAUUGGACUUGAAUUCAGAAAACAGUGAUCAGAAAUGUGGCUACAUAUUUGGAAUCAGUAUACAACAGAAAUCUUCAGAAACAUGCUUCCCACUCGAUAUUAAAAACAAACCAAGUCAAAACCUUUAGGAACAUUGCUCUAGUGUAUUUUAAAUAAAAUAGCAAAAUAUCCAGCACAGCAAUUCAUUUUAUUGUUUAUAUUUAUCUUCAACGUUAUUGCUAGAUGAGCCAGAACUCAUAAAUUUUACUUAGAGCUUAUUUUAAUUAUUGCUCUUUGUUGUAUACAUUAAGGACUCUUGAACAUAUGGAUAAAAUAAUGCAUGGGAAUACAAAGGCUCAAGAAAUCCUCUUUAAAAACCAUUAGUGGUAUUUGAAAAGGAUUUCUUGAGCCUAGAGCUCAUCCAGGUUCUUUUUAGGGCUGACGGUGUGACAUUUAAGAUACAUUAAUCGCAUACACGAAAGAGAUAAUACAAUCACAAAUUUGUUGAAACUCAUCAAUCUGGAUGAUCUGAGUUGCUUUGUUUUAAUGUAAAGCUGCUCAGGUUUUGGGUCGGAUUCUUGGAGCUAUAUUGUGAACCUCAAUGCUGGAGCAGCAUUGAACCUAAGCAUUAAAGUGGCAUGAAUGGGUUGCAGGGUUCUGACCCCAUAUCAAGGGACAAAGGGGCUCUCUAUCUAUUUCUAUCUGUCUUCUUGGUGUAAUAAAGUGGAAAUCAGCCCUGACACAUUGAUUACAGAUGAUACUCUCAUCAUUUUUGAACUGGGCAAGAAACAGGACAGAUCACUAGUUCACUGGACAGAUCACUAGUUGCUGGACAACAAAGAGCCAACCAACCAUGCACACCAGGGUACACGUAAGGACAAUUUGGCGUUGCCAAAUGAUUUUACAUGCAUGUUUAUGAACUUUAAGAACAAGCUGGAGUAAGCACGCAUCCAGACAGACAACAUGUAGCCUCUACACAGAAAAGCCCAUUCUGAGAUUGGAACCAGCAGCUUGCUUGCUCCUAGGUAAAAUUGCUUAAUACCAGAGGCACCAUUCAGCCUGAUAUUCAUUCAACUUUAGUUUACUACCUACAUAGCCUUGCCUUUCCUGAAAGCCAAUUUAGUUUAACUUUCACAACUUCAAUCUUUAAUUGAGUUUUAGUUUCUAGGAAAUUAUCUGUGGGUCAUUACUGGAUCUAUAUUUGCUCAGUUGUGUUUAGUCUUUCUGACAUUUCUAACUAACUUGUACCCAAAUGUUCAUAAACACAAAGCUGAAAUAUUUGCUUACAUGUGUCAGAUUUUACACAAACAGAUGAAUUAAGAAGUUUUCUGGUUUUCAUCAUUUCUUUGCAGUUUCACUGAAGUACUUAACAGUAGCUGUAGACUGUCCAAGCUUUAGGGUUCUACCUGUGCAUUGUGUAUUUUAGGGCUGUUAUCCCCUUCAAAAGUAUUUUUAAAUUUAAUUGAAAUCUUAGUCACUUCAUGUAAUUAUUUCUGUAUGAGCAGUUCUCUCUAAUGUCUUUUCUUUCCUUUUUCCUUUACUGACUUAUUUUUAUUACAAUGAGUGUCAGGAUUGCAAGUUGAGAUAGUUUGCUUUGGCACAAAAUAGGAUUAUGGGUUUCAAGUAAAUAGGCUGUCUAAAAAAUGUUUCUGCUCUUUGCAGCAGACAAUUACCUUUUUUUUUAUUCCAUAAACAUUCAUUGCCUUAAAUAUAAAGUGAGGUCUGUUAUUGAAGCUUUCUCUUUGGCUGGAUAAAAUUUGUUGUAGUAUUUAAUGGUGCUUUGUAGCUACUUUAUGGCGGUCCUGACCUGUAUUCACAAACCCUCAGAGGAUAGCAUUAGAAAAUGAAAAAUGCUUCAGCUUCGCUAAAAUUAAUUAAAGGCAUAUCCCAAUUUUAAUUAAUUAAAAAUGUUAUCUUCAUACAGAAAAACUGCAGUGUUGCCUUUUUAUUGCCCUUUAUAUUGAAUGAUAAAUCCUGUUAUUUAGGUGGAAAUGUCAUAAAAAUGUAUUUUUAUUUAAGAUUGUCAGGCAUGCACCUGACAUUUCUAAUUCUAAAACACUGUGAAGGCUUUCUAGUGCCUCGAGUUUUACUUUACUUAACAUUCAGUUUCUGUUUUGAGAUCAUAUUUCCUUUUUAAUCAUCAGGACUGUAAGAUGUUUCAGACUUUUUUGAACUGGGGUUCUCUUAAGAGGUGAUGAGCUGCCAAUAUCUUGCCCACAGUAGAUAACUCUCUUAAGUAAUUAGUAACUAGAAUUUACUAAUAAAGUACUAUACACUGAUAAAGUUUGAAAGUGUUUCACAGUAAAAUACUAAAAAUACAAUAUUACUACAAAUACAACAAUGCAAAAAAUACAAUUUGAAAAGGAUGUACAGAAGAAAUGUUGAGAAUAAUUUUUUUUAGCUAGUCAGAGUGCAUCAAUAUGAAAGCGAAAACUCAGAAAGGUUCUUUUUUUCAUGCCAAUUGUUUUAUGAACCAUUACACUGCCAUCACAUUUGCAUUAGACAGUUGUUGACAUAGAGGUGCAGUUAAUCCUAAAAUUACGCAUAUUUCUAGCAGAUUUAGAUAAAAACUAAUUUUCUUUCCACAAAGAAGUUUGUUUCUGAUAUGAAAUUAAACAGCCUUCUCUCAAAAGAUAAAAAAGAAAUAUGUAAAAUAAGGAUCAAUCCUAAGACAAAAAUGUUUUUACCUAUUUUGAUUUACAUUAUAUUAAAAAUUAUUAUAUAGAAAUAUAAUUUAGCCUUCUCAAAAAUCAAUGUAAAAAUCUUUAUUGGUAAUACAGCAAUAAAUUCCCUUAUAAUUCCUGACCAACAUUUUUCUUAUUUCCUCAGAUAUUUUGACAGUUUGUUGAUGUACUCCAAGUCUUUGAGGUUGAGGGGCCUCUUUACCAUUAUCCUUAUGUUUAACUCCUUCCACAGAUUAUCUCAGUUCUCUGGCUGGGACAAUCCAAAAGAUAUUGCUUUCAGUCAGAGGAAACAUGUUGGAAAAUUAAGAUUACUCAUUACUUCAAGAUAACUUUUAACUAAAUUCAUCCAGGGAUAUGAAUAGUUUUUAUUCUGUACUGUACUUUUCUGUCUUUCAGCACAGGUGACAAGAUGAGACACAAGACUGAUUCACAAGAUGAGACAAUAUAAAGUUUUUCAGAAACUUAAGACUACCAUUUUUAUGUUUCAUUAUGUGUUUAAUCAGUUUAGAAUACUUUAGUCCAGCUUUCAGAAUUCUAUAUAUUCUGUUUCUGAUAUUUGUUGACUUGUAACAUAGUUCUUUUGCUUAAAAAAUAAAUGCGAAAUUUGUGUGCUUUAAAACAUUUAAAAAACUGUUUCAAACUACUAAAAUUUCUGUUCAGUGUAGAUUUAGUCUGUUCAGGCUGACCAGUUUACAGGUCCUUCUCAAAAUAUUAGCAUAUUGUGAUAAAGUUCAUUAUUUUCCAUAAUGUCAUGAUGAAAAUUUAACAUUGAUAUAUUUUAGA